UUGGAUUUGAUUUUCUCAUCUUUACAAUUUCUAAACUUUUUCAACACAUUCAAAAAAAAAACACAAAAAAAAAAACGGACCAAUAUUUUCUGUGACACCGGAUAUAUCUGAAGAUGACCACCGGUGUGUAAGUGAUUUUUUUCCCCCAAAAAGUUAAGCGGCAAACAUGAGAAGACCAACCGUUGAAGAGCUGGGCUGCCUCGUCUACAACACAACAGCAGGCCGUCUCAUGUGUCUCAAUGACGUCAAGGCCAGGCUGUAUCUGCCCGUGACCAUCUUCCUGGCUGUCCUUAUCGUCAUCGGCACAAUAGGCAAUGCCACGGUGAGUGAAGUGCUCGGGUACAAGCAGUUAACUGUGCCAAUAGUCGGUACAAUAGGCCAUGGCAUGGGUAUUUUCGUGCUCGGGUACAAGCAAUUAACUGCACUCUUAGUUGUUCAUGAGAACUAGUAGUGGUACAACAUGGACAUUUAACUAUCUCUUUAGCUGGGCGUUAAAGCCCACAUUUGUACAACAUAAGACACAGCAACAUAAGCUGUGAUCAAAUAUAAUCUCUACAUUGAUAAUGUAUGUGUUUUUCUCUAAGGUCAGAUAUUUAUGAUUUAAAUUAAUAAGUAUAAAAUAUCACGGUUAUUAAAAACACCUCUUCAACGUCAAGUCAUUUAAAAAACUUCCAUUUGAUUAUUUGCCACUUUUAUUAUUUUACACUUUUAUUAUUUGCCACUUUUAUUAUUUGUCACUUUUAUUAUUUGCCACUUUUAUUAUUUUACACUUUUAUUAUUUGUCACUUUUAUUAUUUGCCACUUUUAUUAUUUUACACUUUUAUUAUUUGUCACUUUUAUUAUUUGCCACUUUUAUUAUUUUACACUAUUAUUAUCUAAUAAUUUUAUAAUUUCACACUUUUAUUAUUUUAUACUUUUAUUAUUUUAAAUUUUCAUUAUUUUAUACUUUUAUUACUUUAUACUUUUAUUGUUUUAUUCUUUUAUAAUUUCACACUUUUAUUAUUUUAUACUUUUAUUAUUUGCCACUUUUUUUUUAAAACUUUUAUUUAUAAUUUUCAUUGAAACCAAUCCUAAGGUCUGCCUGGUCUACUGUAACCGGAAGUCACGUGUGUCUUCUCAUUACUUCAUCUUGUAUCUGGCCGCCCUCGACCUGGUCACGUGCGUAAUAGGGAUGCCGACUGAGAUAGCUGACCUGGUGCUGCCUUACACAUUCGAGUCGCCCUGGGCCUGUAAGGUGCUGAGGUUCACACAUUCCAGCACCAUUAUCGCCAGCAGUACCAUCCUCAUUGAGGUGAGCACCAUCUUUGCAAGCGGCACCAUCUUUGACAAUAGUCUGCCGUGAUAUUUUAUUUUGUUAAAGUUUGCACACUUUUUAAGCUUCUGUAAAUUAAUUUACAAAAUCAGAAACAUCGUUCUAUAAUUAUUUAUUUUUCUAAGCGUCCAUUUAAAAGGUUGCAGUGCCAAGCACUCGAUGACUUCCCUUAGUUUCCGCUUACUUCCCUUCGACCAAAAAAAAAAUAUCGAAUUCUGAUUUCUUCUUUCUACUUAAGCUUUGCUCGCAUGUUAAUGUGAGCCAAGAAUAAGUGUCACCUCAUUAGGUAAAGUGUCUCAUUAAAACUAUUAUUUUUUAUAUUUUUUUUACGUGCAGGUUGCAUUCGAUCGCUACUACCGAAUCUGCCAGCUGGGCCGACAGUUCACAGCCAACAAAUCAAGAUUCCUGUGUGUCGGUGCGGUCGUGCUGGGACUGGUCUGCUCUUGGCCAACUUUCUUACUCUUCGGAAGGUAACAUUGGAUGUUUAAUUUCGUAGUUUAAUUUUGUGUUGUGUGUUUUAUCCUCGGUCGGCAUUUGCUCUCUGAAGAGGCCGGAUUCAAUUUUGGCAAUCGCACCGAUAUUACCUUUCCCAUGACUUUUAUUUUGAUGUCCCAGUCUUAAUUCGUGACUUCUGUGGGGAAAUGAAGCUUUGCAAGUUCUUCUAUUGAGAUUUUCCAUUCUCUUCAUUUAAGAUGUUAUGUUAUGACUAUGCCGUAGACUCGACAUCAAUCGAGAGUUUCAAGGCUGCCCUGGCAUCCUCUAGGAGCGGUUAGGAUAGCCGCAUCGCUUCCCCAACCGUUGCACACAUGCCAGUACAUGGAUGCAGCAACGUACCCUACCCGAACCAGAACCAUCAUUUAAAAAAAAACAAAAAAAAAACAAUAUGCAUAUGAAAUGAGAGAAAUGCACAAGACAGAUUAUUCUUAAAGAACGCUUUUCAAAGAAAGGGUUUGAUACAUUUUGACGUUGAUUUUUUCCCCCCUCAGGAAAACCGUGACCCGCAACUUGAACGGCAACAUUCUGAAAGGCUCGGACUGCUCCACCGACGACUCGAUGCGGCGCACCAUCUACCCGACCAUCUACUACGUCUUCCUGUUCUCGCUGUUCGGCAUCACCGUCAUCUUCUUCGCCGUGCUCUACUCCAAGAUCGGACUGACCAUCCUGGGCAGGAAACGCAUGCACAUGGGCUCGGUGAACUCCAAUACGUCGUCCAGCAAGGGACUGCUGAGGUCAGGGUCAAAGAAGGAAAACGUGAGUGAAGUCCUCCAUCUUCUGUGUAUGCGUGUGUGUGUCAACUGUGUUGUGUGUCAUUUCUGGAUGUGUGUUUCAACUGUGUUGUGUGUCAUUUGUGGAUGUGUGUUUCAACUGUGUUGUGUGUCAUUUGUGUAUGUGCAUCAGCUGUGUAUGUGUGUCAACUGUGUUGACUGUCAGGGAAAAUUUUCUAUUUUGGGGGUUGGGCAAUGUGUGUGUGUGUGUGCGUGUGUGUGCGUGUGUUAUGUGCAGGGGAUGCCGUUAUUUUAGAUAGAUGGUAAUUGGCUGUAAAAAAAAAAUUAUUUUGUUUAGUGGUGCAUUUCUUCUGGAAGUUAUGGUUGUGUUGACCUGUGUUAAGUUGAUCUGUGUUGACAUGUGCUUAGUUGACCUUUGUUUAGUUGACCUGUGUUAAGUUAACAUGUGUUUAGUUGACAUGUGUUAGGUUGAUAUGAGCCAAGUUAAACUGUGUUAUUCGCGAGUUCAUUUCUGUUAAGAUGAGACAGAUCUGACUAACGCAUAUUGCUUUAUCAUUAUCUUACCAUUUUCUUUUGUGGUAUUUAAGUUUAUUUGUUGUUGUUUUGGGGGUUGGGGGGGAUGAUUUUAGACUUUCAUCCUUGUUUUAUUGUUCAAUCAUUCCAUUCAAUUAUUGUUCAAUUGUUCCAGCAUUCAAUCUCUUAUAUCAAACUUUAAGACGUGGUCACCUUGUUUAUUUUUCAGUCUCACGUGUCUGACCCAACAAGCUCCGACCUGUCGACCGAGCAGGACGAAGGUCAGGGCGGUGCAUCUACAGCCAGUGGCAACAGCAACAACAGCAUUAUGAGCAGCAGCACCUCCACCACCACCAUCUCCGGCAGCUACAGCAGCAUAAAACGUCACGGAAAGAAGGCGAGACCGCUCGAAGAUCCCCAGAAGUGGCACCACCCAGACCCAACAUGCAGGACGGCUUCCACGCCGUGCAUCGAUUCAGCCAACAAUAUUUAUACCGGGAGUGAUACCGAGGACCUGCCUUCCAACGGAGCCGCGCCCAUCACAAACCUCGAAAUGGUUCAGCAAAAUAGUCCCAGCCCCGUCAUCAGAAUCAGUCACAGCCUAACCGCUUCCGAGAAAUGUCCAGCCAUCGCCCUGGUCGGUGGUACGAUUCCUGCAAUAGCUUUGGCUGGUGGAGCGAUCCUCACGAGAACCCCGAGUCGGAAGAAUAGCCGCACGCGAUUUUUUUACCGCCAUUUCCAGCAGAACCACCACCAGGUGGACACGACUGACGACGAGGGCAACACGACCGACGGGCAAAAAACGCAGGCGAGGACAACCCCGAGGAGUUCGGCCAGACAGAUCCGCGUGGGGAAGACGACCACUGUUCUGUUCGCCGUGACCCUGGCCUACAUUUUGAGCUUCCUCCCCUACCUGACGGUCAUGGUGCUGAGAAGCAUCAUCCGGGACCUCGAGGAAAACCUCAGCCCCGUGGGGGAGCUGGCCUACAAGCUCUGCGUCAAGUCUUUCUUCAUCAACAACGCCAUUAACCCCUUGAUCUACAGCUUUUUGAACCAAACCUUCCGGCAAGAUGCCAAGCUCAUGAUCAUCAAAUGCUACGGCGGCCCCAGGCGGCCCGCGGGGUCGCGGCCUCGGGUCGUGUCGCCGCCCAAUGUUGUUUGACGAAAUAAUGCGUACGUGACUUUAAAAAACAAAACAUUGAACAAUCACAACUAUGAUGUGACCAAGCCAUUUUGGGGUAAGAUAGGAUGACCAGAUCCAGCAGUUGUACUGGCGAGACCCCGGAUUCUUAUGUGGUCAUGCCAGCAUUCCCUGCUCUCGCGUAACUGUUCCAAUGACCCUCACAGCCUUACAGUUGCAGUUCUUAGGACCCGUCACUGACACGUUGUUUUCUUUGGUGUGGUCAGUGGUUGAUGAGUGCUGGGGCCAUGUGUCCGUGACCCAUCCCUUAGGUUCCAAUAAGUUAUGUUUUGCUCAUCGCAAUUUGCUCUGGCGUUAUCUUUUGCAAAGCGGGGUUUCCCUUGCGACGUCUAAAUACAAGACAUUCAAAUCAAAGGUGCUUCUUUAAGGAAACUUAGCAUCACUUUUUUGACGUCAGCAAGGGCCAUCCAUCUAGUGUGGACCAUGAAUGUUCCCUUAUGUUGCAUUUUCAAUUAAAGUUGAAUACACGAGCAAGGAAACUGUUUCACUAUAACUUAUACAAGUUUACAGAACUUAAUUUCUCUUUUGUUUAAAAUACCCAGCGAACUGGCGCCUUGAUCUGAACAAGCAUUGAACUUUGACCUCAGCGAUCUGUGUUAAAAAGUGGAGAUGAACACAAUACAGUGCCACAUGAUAUAUAUGUAAACAUGCUCAUGGACAAGCAUUUUUUUCCUGCCUAAUCUAUCCUUGACAGAUAGAACAUGACAGAAAUGACAUGAAAGAUAUGACAUGACAGACAUGACAUGAAAGAUAUGACAUGACAGAUAGUAUACUUACAUGUUAACGACAGAAAUGGAUUUGUUUGCUCGUGUUUAGAUCUGAUCUAUUGAAGAGAACGAUCAGGCCACAGUGUGCAGUGGAUGUAUGAUUGUGUGGAGUCACCGAGUGGAUGAAUGAUCGUGUGGAGUCACCGAGUGGAUGAAUGAUCGUGUGGAGUCACCGAGUGGAUGAAUGAUCGUGUGGAGUCACCGAGUGGAUGAAUGAUCGUGUGGAGUCACCGAGUGGAUGAAUGAUCGU